AUGGAGAAUGAUUUUAAGACUGAGUUAGCAUCAUCUGUCUUCACUCUUCAAAGUUCUUCAGAGACAUUGUUUUCUAUUCAGCUAUUAGAUUUCAAAACAAGUUUACUGGAAGCAUUAGAAGAAUUACGUAUGAGAAGGGAAGCAGAAGCUCAGUAUGAAGAGCAGAUUGGUAAAAUUAUUAUGGAGACACAAGAACUUAAAUGGCAAAAGGAAACUCUUCAGAAUCAAAAGGAAACAUUAACAAAGCAACACAAAGAAGCAAUGGCAGUUUUUAAAAAGCAGUUGCAAAUGAAGAUGUGUGCCUUGGAAGAAGAAAAGGGAAAAUAUCAACUUGCUACAGAAAUAAAAGAAAAAGAAAUAGAAGGAUUGAAGGAAACAUUAAAGGCAUUACAGGUUUCUAAAUAUUCUUUACAGAAGAAAGUGAGUGAAAUGGAACAAAAAGUCCAGUUACAUUUUCUGGCUAAAGAAGAUCAUCAGAAGCAACUGAAUGAAAUUGAGAAAUACUAUGCUACAAUAACAGGUCAAUUUGGAUUAGUAAAAGAGAAUCAUGAAAAGUUAGAGCAAAAUGUACAAGAAGCAAUACAGUUAAACAAAAGACUUUCAGCUUUAAAUAAAAAACAAGAAUCUGAAAUACGCAGUUUAAAGAAGGAACUUAAAAAAGUAACCUCAGACUUGAUAAAGACCAAGGUCACAUGUCAACAACAUAAGAUGGGAGAAGAAAACAUCAAUUUAACAAUUAAAGAACAAAAAUUUCAAGAACUUCAAGAAAGACUCAAAAUGGAAUUGGAAUUAAAUAAGAAGAUUAAUGAAGAGAUUACCCAUAUUCAAGAAGAAAAACAGGGCAUCAUCAUUUCUUUCCAACAAUUGCAGCAGUUACUUCAGCAACAGACUCAAGCUAAUACUAAAAUGGAAGAAGAAUUGAAGGUGCUAAAAGAAAAUAAUCAGGAU